AUGAACAAUAACGAAAUAUAUUUUUCUAACGAACAAAGCAACAUGAUCGCAGAAUUGUUCUGUACCGGUGAAUUUGGAAGGGGACUGGAUCAGUCAACUGGUCUGGAGUUGCCACUGUUGGAUAUACCUACAGUGGUUGACCCAGGCCAGUUGGCUGAGACAGUCAUUCCUGCUCUGCCGGUUACCCAUACCCUUGCACCCACUGAAGUAAGGACAACAACAAGUACAGCCACAACCUCCUCAGCAUCAGCCUCCGUAAGAGCAGUAGCAGCUGCAUCACUAGCCGCGGCAGCAACAACAACUACCACCAUAAAUAAAAGAAAGUCGUCUUCUUCUGUCUCUUUGGAGGCCCAACGCAACAAGAAACAGAAAAAUCAUAUAGAAUCAGAAGAUAAACAGUACUUAAUAUGGAUAUUGGUCGAUGUAUUGUAUUGUUUGCUGUCCCAUGCCAAUGUCUAA